AUGGGACGUCGACGUGUCUCGCUCGUUUGUGGAUUCCGCCUCGUCGCGUCAGUGCCCGCUAGGGAAAGGGACGCGCGACACGUCCAAGUGGAGCAGGAACUAAUCGUUCGCUUCUCUCUCUCCCGGGCGGGCGCGACGAGCAGGGAGGCAUUUGACAAGAUGGAUCGCAUCGGGGGACUGCUGCUACCACACGCCAAAUGUGCUCCGUCCAGUCGGAUGUCGCCGUCAUUCGGCCCCGGCACCACCGUCAAGAGCCUCCAUCGCCCUCAACAAAAGUCUCUUCGUCAAGCAGCACAAGGUUCCAGCCUCACAAACUGUCGGCUAGGGGAGGAAGGGGGGGGGGAUGGUUUGACAGUGGUCGGUGGUACUACGAACAUGGUCUACGGCCACAGUCCACGGCGCAUCUGA